AUGUCGACCUUCACCCUCUUAAACACCAAACCACCCUGCGAAGUCAGUCUUCCACAAGACUUGACAAAGGAUCAGCUCCUCAAUUUUCCAGCCUUCAAAGUAUGGUCCAAAACGAUCUUCCACUCGCUCUCACUGCAAUCGAACCCGAGCCAUGAAUUCCACAAGUCGCCCUUUCAGCUCAAACGUAUCACAGUCCAGAGCGUGGACUGGUUCGGCCAUGGAGAAAAGAAGAGAUUGGGAUUCUUGAAGCUCCAAACAACAGUAGAGAACGACAACGGAGAAUGGCUGCCGGGAGCAGUCUUUAUGCGUGGAGGGGCAGUCGGCAUGCUGCUGAUCCUGCAGCCAGACGACGUACCGCAAGAGAACGAAGAAGAGAAAUAUGUGAUCUUGACGACACAGCCUCGCAUAGCGGCAGGAAGUCUCAGUUUCACGGAGAUCCCGGCUGGAAUGCUGGACGACGCCGGGACGUUCUCUGGCGGCGCUGCGAAAGAGAUCAAAGAAGAGACGGGGCUGGAGGUGGAUGCGAGCGAAUUGCUGGAUAUGACUGCUCUGGCGAUGGAGAAUGAGCAGAGAGGAGAGGAGAUUGCAAAGGGCAGCUUCUCGUCGCCGGGAGGCUGCGACGAGUACAUUCCUCUCUUCCUGUACCAGAAACGACUGCCAAGAUCAGAGCUGGAAGAGUUCAGAGGCAAGCUGACGGGACUGCGAGAUGAAGGCGAGAAGAUCACGCUCAAAGUCAUCAAAUUACACGAUCUAUGGAAAGAAGGAGCCCGCGAUGGGAAGACCUUGGCCGCGCUGGCGCUUUAUGAAGGUCUCCGACGAGAGGGCAGGAUAUGA